AUUGACACGCGUGACGCACUUAACUAACACACUCGUUACAAGAGGGAGGGAGUAACAAACUUUUAUCUCUCUCUCUCUCUCUCCAAUUUACGCCGGCUGCGCUUUGUUCUUCCUCAAAACAACUCUCAUCUAACAACCUUCCUUCCACCGCGAUUUCAGAUGAAUGGAAUAAGACAAAGAUUGUUACACACGCUGCGCGUAGAUGGCCCAUCGGAAGCGUUGAAGAGAAAGUCAUUGGAAUUGGAGAAGAAGAGGACGAUGAGGAAGUCGAAGACAAAGGACCAGUUCAUCGUUCCGGUACCGGAAUCAUUAUCCUAUCUCGACACCGCCUCCAUGCCCAUGAUCGUCGCUGCCGUUGGCAUUGCAAUUUUCGCUAAACUCCUUAUGAUGUAUGAUGAAUCCAGAUCCCAAGAGUUGAUUGAGCGUGGGAUAAAGAAUGCUCCACCGGGUCAAUAUGAGGUUAGAAUGCUCUCCCGUGAGGAGUGGGAGAAGGUUCGAGAACUCCCACCUAGAACUCCGUUUGAGUCAAAGUUUUCCCGUCCCAAUUCCAGAAUCAGAACUGGAGAACCAUUGCGUCUGGAAGAUUUAAAGGAUUGGACAAUUGAUGUUUUCAUGUCUGGUGUUGCCAGAGCUGAAGAGUAUGGUAAACGUGAUACUAAGUAAUGCAACAUGUCAUAAAUUGGAAAACAUGUAACCAGAUGCAAAAUGGUAUUUCUUUAUGUAACUAUGUUCUUGUAUGCACUCUUAAAACAAUAAAGGAUAACUAGUGGUGUACACUUACGUGAGCAGCGCUUUAACAUGAUAAAGCACUUAAAUUAGGCAAGCCCAAGCCAAUGUGCAAUAUCUUAAUUUGUAGUUAUAGAAUUUAAAGUUGGAUAGCAGGUUUGACAAUUAAUACAUAAACGUUGUAUUUAGUUAGUUUGUACUUACCACUCAAACAAUAUUGAUCAGUUUCUCAACAAUAGAAGUAAUAUCCUUUUAAUGUUUGAUUUCUUA